AUGUUGUCAAGCACCAACACCUCUGGAUUAUAUGGAGACAAACCACCUUCGUUUGUGGUAAAUUUAGAUGACGAGGAGCCUCCUGUUUGUGGAGAGAAGAAGAAGAAGAGAAAUUUGCUCAAGGGCUCAAAGCCUUUGGAGAAGGCUCAAACAAAAAAGAGCAAAGUUGAUCCCCCUAGAACCGAGGAGAUGAAUGACCCACCGGUCAUAACAGAGGACAUCCCAAUAAUGAAGGUGGAGACAGCAGCUCAGACCUUUAAAGGCUAG